GAGAGAGAAAAAAGGUGGCAGAAAUACACAUAAUUACGUUUCGUAUUUCACUUUUCUGGUAAUAUUGUGCUGUGUGCCGGAUGUAUUAAGCUGAAAUUUCCUCAAAUGUAGGGAUAAUCUUCGAUAAAAGUGAUAAAAAAUUAACUGGAUUAUAUAUACGGUAUGUGAUUAUCCAUCGAACGGAUACGUUUAUAUUCUGCGAAGCUAGGCGAUGGAAAAUAAAAGGAAGUCCAGUCACCGGCAGGGGUCCGGCGAGAAAAGGCUUGGUUAUGAAUUCUCAAUUUCCUAUAAUCAAGUUUACCGGGAGUUUGCUGGGAAUCAGAAAACUACGAACAAUCAAGGAAACAACUCGUCUGGGCAUACUAACGAGAAUUUUGUCAAAACUCAGAAAACGACGCAAAACAGAGAAAACUGCGAACAACCGAAGGUUAAUGUUGACUGUCGUAAAGCUAAGAAGGAUGAAGCACGACAAUACAUUUGCCUUGCAAGGGUUGCUUUGGAUGAAGGAAACAUACAAAAGGCUAAAAAUUUGGCGGUAAAGUCCAUGAAGGUGUGGUACUUCAAAGAAGCCAAAGAUUUGCUACGACUUAUCAAACAUACAACGAGCUCGUCGCCGCGUGUCGACGAAUAUGUUGACUUGACUCACGUUAACAAGGAUGAAGCACGGCGUUGCAUCGAACUGGCUAGGAGUGCCUUCAGUGAAGGCGAUAUGGAAAAGGCUCAAAAGUUAGCGGAAAAGUCUAUCGAGUUGUGCCCGUUGAAGGAGGCUGAAGAUUUACUAAAAAGUAUCAAAAGUACCCAUGGCUUGUCGUCACGUUCCGGUGAAAAAUUUACUAGAAAUCAGAAAAAUACGACAAAACAAAAAAGCAAUAAUGGGCCAAAUAUGAACGUUGAUUAUGAACAAUUUAACAUGGAUGAAGCACGCCGUUGCUCUGAACUAGCAAGGAGUGCCUUCAAUGAAGGUAAUAUUGAAAAGGCUCAAAAGUUAAUAGAGAAAUCUAUCAGGUUGUGUCAGAAGGCUGAAGAUUUACUAAAAGGUAUCAAAAGUACCCAUGGCUAUGAAAAAUUUACCAGAAAUCAGACAAAUUCAACAAAACAAAAAAACAAUAAUGAGCCUAAUGUGAACGUUGAUUAUGCCCAAAUUAACAAGGAUGAAGCACGCCGUUGCUUCGAACUAGCAAGGAGUGCCUUCAAUGAAGGCAAUAUGGAAAAGGCUCAAAAGUUAGCGGAAAAAUCUAUCAAGGAAGCCGAAGAUUUACUAAAAAGUAUCAAAAGUGCCCGUGGCUCGUCGCCGCGUUCCAGUGAGAAAUUUUCUAGAAAUCAGAAAAAUACGACAAACGAAAAAAAUAAGUCAAAGGCGAACGUUGACUAUAAUCGAAUCAAUAAGGAUGAAGCACGCCGUUGCUUCGAACUAGCAAGGAGUGCCUUCAAUGAAGGCAAUAUGGAAAAGGCUAAAAGUUUAGCAGAAGAAUCCAUCAAGAUGUACCCGUUGAAGGAGGCUGAAGAUUUACUAAAAAGUAUCAAAAGUACCCAUGGCUAUGAAAAAUUUACCAGAAAUCAGACAAAUUCAACAAAACAAAAAAACAAUAACGAGCCUAAUGUGAACGUUGAUUAUGCCCAAAUUAACAAGGAUGAAGCACGCCGUUGCUUCGAACUAGCAAGGAGUGCCUUCAAUGAAGGCAAUAUGGAAAAGGCUCAAAAGUUAGCGGAAAAAUCUAUCAAGUUGUGCCCGUUGAAGGAAGCCGAAGAUUUACUAAAAAGUAUCAAAAGUACCCAUAGCUAUGAAAAAUUUACCAGAAAUCAGACAAAUUCAACAAAACAAAAAAACAAUAAUGAGCCUAAUGUGAACGUUGAUUAUGCCCAAAUUAACAAGGAUGAAGCACGCCGUUGCUUCGAACGGGCAAGGAGAGCCUUCAAUGAAGGCAAUAUGGAAAAGGCUCAAAAGUUAGCGGAAAAAUCUAUCAAGUUGUGCCCGUUGAAGGAAGCCGAAGAUUUACUAAAAAGUAUCAAAAGUGCCCGUGGCUCGUCGCCGCGUUCCAGUGAGAAAUUUUCUAGAAAUCAGAAAAAUACGACAAACGAAAAAAAUAAGUCAAAGGAGAACGUUGACUAUAAUCCAAUCAAUAAGGAUGAAGCACGCCGUUGCUUCGAACUAGCAAGGAGUGCCUUCAAUGAAGGCAAUAUGGAAAAGGCUCAAAAGUUAGCGGAAAAAUCUAUCAAGUUGUACCCGUUGAAGGAAGCCGAAGAUUUGCUUCGACUUAUCAAAAGUGCUUCGGACCGAAAAGAAAAAGUGAAGAAACCAAAGUUGGGUGUUGACUACACCCAAGAUCAGCUAGAUUUAGUGCAAUAUGUUUUGAAUUGUAAAGAUUGUUAUAAAAUUCUCAGAAUUAGCAAAAAUGCCACAGAUUCUGUCAUUAAAAAGGCUUAUCAUAAAAUGGCACGGCUAUUGCAUCCCGAUAAGAAUAAAGCACCAGAAUCCACACUAGCUUUUCAAUAUCUCCAAAAGGCCUUCGAAGAUGCAAUGAAAGAGUUCAACAGAACAGGCCAUUGCCAUGAACCGCGUUUCAAUGCGAAUGAACAUAAACCGCGUUCCAAUGCGAAUGAACAUGAACCGCGUUUCAAGGCGAAUGAACAUGAACCGCGUUUCAAUGCAAAUGAACAUGAACCGCGUUUCAAUGCGAAUGAACAUGAACCGCGUUUCAAUGCAAAUGAACAUGAACCGCGUUUCAAUGCGAAUAAACAUGAACCGCGUUUCAAUGCGAAUAAACAUGAACCGUGUUUCAAUGCGAAUGGAUUUGAAUCGUAUUGCUCUUCGCAUGGACCGUGGCCACACUUUCCCAAACGCAAACCGCCAACGCUUGCGACAUCAGGCGUCUUUGUUAUACUGUUAGUUGGUGCAGCUAUAAUAUACCGUGCCUUCACCAAUGGUCGCGCAAAAUAGAAUAUUUCAAAAUUUUAUGUUGCACCUUUCACAUGAAAUGAAAACAUGGUAAAUAAGCUUUUUAAGUCGGUGAGAGAAAAAGAAAAAAGAAAUAUGAAAAUAAAAAAUAAUUAUUGACGAAGAUAUAUAGCUUUUAGAAAAAGGUAGAUUUCGAACAUGUAGUCCAAAUCUAGCACAGCUAGUACGUCUCGUUCUGGAACGUUAGAUGCCCAGCCAACAUGAAAUCGUAAAAGAAAUCAUCGUCAAACUCGUAAAUGAAUACAACUGAAAUCAGCAUCGUAAAUGCGUACACAUAACAUUCGACCAUUUCGUAUAUUCAUCGUGGAGGAUGUUAAAAUCAAAUGAAUUAAGAUUAAAUUACGAUAUGUUGGAUGAAGUCGUAUUUAGAACGGCCGAUGUGAAAUGAAAUCUUACAACAAUCGCCUAUCAUUUCUUAAGAAGCAUCUUAUCAUACACAAACGACUUACGAAUUAUAAUCGUCAUUGAUUACCAAAAGAUUCGUAAAGAUUAACACAAAAGCGUCGGUCAUCAGGUCACUUUAAAUACUGCUAACUAUCAUCGUAUAAAAUGGAAAUUGAAUGCCACUUAGUCAUGUAACGAAAGUGGUGAUUUUUCGUACAACCAUCAUCGCAAAAAACCCCUCCUUGAGUCGUAUACGAGUAUACUGAUUUUGAAAAGAAAAAAAUCAUUAAGCGCUUUUGAUAAGUGCAUGGCUUCCUCUCAUAAUUUAAUUGCUCGAUUUUGAUCAGUGUACAAUCUCAAACAAAAAUAGAAACAGAAAAAUAAACAGAACAGCAAUCGGCGAAUAAAAAGGGGAUUAAUUGCUGCGAAGUUUCCCGUUACUAUCGAUCCGUCAGAAAUAAAAAACAAGGAAUGCUCCAAGACAAUGAGCAACUGUAUAGGAACUGGAGCAGGUUGAUUGAGCUCUUGAACCGCCCAAAGAAGCUGCGCGAGGGGCAUGCAACGACAGGGGAACGCAGGAAUUCUACUAUAAAAGGAAAAAAUGCUUGCCUUUAUGGCAAUCGCUUUCUUCCACGCCUCCUCCAGCUUGACAAUGGGUGUAACAUUAAGGUUUGAGACAAGUUCGCGAGAAUCAAGAAAUCAUCAAGCUCUCUCCUGUUCCCGGAGCUGGACGGAGUUGGUAACUCGUAGCGUCCCUCAUAGUGUGGUGAAACGAUAGGAAAUUAUCUAUCGCUUAGGUCUGAAGAUUCUGGCUAUUAAGAACCGGAUGCGUAACACCGGUAAAACUUGAUGAAACCGAGAACUUUGAAACUUUCCGGCGUUCAUGCAGAAAAAUUAGUUUAUUCGAGCCAUUUCUGCAAGGCCGAUGGAGGCUACGGAUCUGUAAGAUGUUAUUUUUGACCCGCAGAUAUAAAGCCGAUUUAUAGAGAAAAAAAAAUCUGUUUCAUGCUUGCUGGUCCGCAACUCAGAACCGAAACCGGAAAUGUUCAUCUCCUAGCAGGUCAACUAGUUCGUGAUAUCACCUAUAAGUGAACUCGAUUGUCCCGGCACAAUUUUGUCAAGGCUAUUUAUCUCCGUUCUCUUUAGAGUUUUUCUACUGCUGCUACUCAAAACAUCACCUCUAUCGAAUUCAUCGAAUAUAUCCGGAACUGGACGAUGUGCCGGAAGAUUGAGUCGAAGUUCCUUCUAUGGUAUGGUGAGAUAGAAGUAAGCUAUUAGAGGGCAAAUGCUCCGGAAGGAAAUAAUUGCUGAUCGACGUUGGAAAAAAUAUCAUUUUCGAUGUGAGCCUUUAAUCAGAUUUCAUUUAAUUAGAUUUAAAUUAUAUUUGCUUUAAUAUUAGGAAUGAACCCAAAUAUAUAUUUAUGCAUUCAUGAAAUUAAUCAAUAAAUAACUGAAAUUUCA